UGUACCAAGUGCGCGGCGGGACGGGGGGGGGCGGAGCCAGGCGGGCACGAGGCGGCGGCAUGGAGGGGCCCCCCCCGCGGUUCCGGUGUCCCCCCGAGUUCCAGGCGCUGCCCGGGGGGGUCCCCAUGGGGGGUCCCCAGGCCGAGCUGUGGCUGAUCCGCGCCCCCGCCGACUUCUGUCCCCACAGCCUCGAGGGCUGCCCGGUGCCCCUGCGCGGGCUGGAGCGGCUGCGGCCCGGCCACACCGCGGGUGACAGUGACACCGGUGCCACCAGUGCCACCAGUGCCACCCCCGGGGAGCUGCUGGUGCUGCGGGCCGGCCCCGCGGGGCGCGGGGACUGUCCCCUGCUGCUGUCCCCGCUGUCCCCGGGGGGGGCCCUGCGCUGCGCCCCCCCCAAUAACGGGGGCCCUGAGCAUCGCCCGCGGCCUCGGGGACACGGCGGGGACAGCGGGGGACACGGCGGUGGCACUUGGGGACACGGCGGUGGCACUUGGGGACACGGCGGUGGCACCGGGGACAGCGGGGACAGCGGGGGACACGGCGGUGGCACCUGGAGACACGGCGGUGGCACCGGGGACAGCGGGGACAGCGGCACCCGAGGGGACUCAGAGGAGGAGGAAGAGGAAGAAGCUGAAGAGGGAGGAGCCGGAGUGACCCGGGGCACCUGCGGUGUCACCUGUGUCACCUGUGUCACUUGUGUCACCUGGGUCACCAUUAAAUGCAUUCCUUGGAUUUUGGUGGUUUUGGGAUGA